UAAAAAGUAAUAGUGAUAGGUAAAAAAUAGAAAAAUCUCGUACACAAAUUUGUGGGAAACAAUCUGCAGAAAUUGUAAUGGAAACCCGUCUCAUGAAGGACCCGACCUGAACCCGGGGCGCUACUGCUUCCGCCUCCAGAAGAACCGAGUCUACUACGUAUCGGAGUCGUUAGUCAAACGCGCCACCAACAUCAAGCGCGAAAAAUUGGUGUCGAUGGGAACCCAGAUUGGAAAAUUCACCAAGAGUGAUAAAUUUCACUUGACGAUUCAGGGGUUGAAUUUGUUGGCUGCAAGUGCCAAGCACAAGGUGUGGCUGAAGCCUAUAUCUGAAAUGAGCUUUUUGUAUGGGAACAGUGUGUUGAAAGGUGGGGUGGGGAGGAUUCCAGAGAAUAUUCAGGUGAAUGAUGGGGUGGUGGUAUACUCCAUGGCGGAUGUGCCGUUGGGGUUCGGCGUUGCAGCCAAGAGCACGCAGGAUUGUAGGAAAAUGGAUCCCAGUGGGAUUGUGAUGCAUCACCACGCCGAUUUUGGGGAGUACUUGAGAAUGGAGGAUAAGCUUUAAUCAACACAUCCGAGUUUGUUGUUUUCACCUUAUUUUUAGUUAAUGAAAAUGAGUUUUACAAGUGUUGUUAUUCUUUAAUGCUAAUCUUUUUCUUUAUAUUUUUGAAUUUUUUCGAAGUCUUAAUUAUGUUUAUUUGCUAUAUUCGUGUUAAUUCAUGCCAGGUGAGAAUAGGUUUAGUGUUUAUGAAAUCGAGAAAUUUUAUUAGCUUU